AUGGUGCAUCGGCAAGACCGCCACCAGCAGCCGCCCUCCUACCAGGAUGCCAUCAGCCGCCUCGACUGGCUGGCGUUGGUCGCGCCCUAUGUCGCUGUCACCGACUAUCCUCACCUUUGUUCUGUGAACAGUCACUUCUGCAGCGUCUUUGCGCCCCGGUUGUGGAACGAUCCGCUGCGAACGGUGCGAGUGCUUGGUCUCGAGCCGAGUCACGACCUCGACUGGUACUUUCACUUCGUCUUCGUCCGUGCACCUCGAACAAGGCCUUCCGUCCUGCGCCUUGUGACCGUGCUCGACUUUCGCGACUUCGCCAAGGAUAAUACUCAGUUUUCGAGCGAUGACAGCCCAAAGACCGUUCCGGAAACGUUUAGGAGGCUGCCAACACUAUUUCCCCGUCUUCGAUGCAUCCUUUUAGACGGUCACGUCGAGGCUGACCCAGCCUCGUUGGCAGCGACUCAUGCCCGUGGCGGCAUCCUCCAACCCCUCUUGCUGAGCAUUGCCGACUGCGAUGCCCACUUGUCCAUGUCCUUCUUCACUUCCGGUUUCCUCCGCAACAUAGUGUAUCUUAACGUGUCGUGCCUGCCCGGGUCUCUCCAGAGUCUAUUGACCACGGCACAGGCACCCGGUGGAUUGCCCCACCUGAGGAUCCUCAAGGCUAAAGGCCGAGAACUCGAUGAUAGCGCGGUCGAAUCGUUAUGCGAAGCCUUCCGGCGACAACUCUGGAGCUUUGACCUCAGCGACAACAAGUUGAGCAACAGCAUUGUUGCUGCUCUAUCUACCAUGCAUGCCGGCGCGACGUCAUUGCGCACUGAUGCACACUUUGAGGUCGAGGGCACGCUGCUGAGGUCAGCUGACCCAGGUGAUGAUUCGUACGGACCGUUCAUGUUCAUCCGGGAGUCCGAUGUCAGCGCCGAGUUUUGCCAUCCAGACCGGUACUUCGCCGAUGCCCCCGCUUAUUCAGUCGACGGUGUCCACGGCCAUGACUCGGUUCGUUCUGACGGUCGCGCCACGCUCAGGACUGACGCGGCCGCUAGCAUCAAGACAGUUCUCGCCGGCGGCUUGGACCACCCGGCGCCAGACGAUGCCCAGCUCACUCAGCUCGACGUUUGCGCGGCGCCGUAUGGCCUGACUCAUCUCGACCUGACUGGAAACCGACUGACUUCUUUGGGUGUCGACAAGCUGCUGCGCACGACACCUGGCCAGCUGAAAUCCCUGGCCUGCGACGCGCCGUUGCUGGAAACCUAUGGCGUACCCUGGCCGAGUGCAUGGCCCAAGGGGACCAAGAUGUAUGGUAUCUUGGGAUUAGCCCACAUGUUCCGCCCCGUCUUCUCGUCCAACCUCCAAGCCCUCCGCAUACAUCACUCGUUCGUCACACAGAUACCAACACUUGAGACCACCGGCAUGUCAACAAUGGCCCGCCUCUGGUUCGCCGAGACGAUGAUCCGCGAUUUCUCCGAGUUGGCCUAUCCACAGGCCUUUGCGCCCGAUAUGAACCCACGGCUGACGUCCCUGACGCUCACCAAGAUCCCUCGGCGCUCAGUCGGACCGUUGACCUCGAAGCUGACCCACUUCUUGAGGCUCGCUGCCCUCCAGGAGCAGGCGAUUGGUGUCACCAGCCCAUCCGCCCGCCGCCGCCGCAGCCCUGCCGUGCUCCGCGGCAUACGGCAUAUUCGCCUUGAAUUCGAGACUGAUCCUGUAGAGGAUCCCGCCGGCUGGUCCGACGAAGAUGACCUCGACGCCAAUCGGCUCAUGGACAUGGGCAUUGAGGAGGGCUUCAGCUUCUUCCAGAACGAGAACAUUGUGCCCAGGCCGGAGCUGCCCCCACGGCCCAUGGCUGCCGCCCCGCACAUGACCUCAGCAUCCGAGACGUCAGCCGCUGUCCCCCCAAGUGCCGGCACGGCCCCUUCGGCCCGAUUCAAGCACGAGCCAUACACUCCAAACACCAGCGAGUACGUAUCCCACACGCUGAGAUGGGCGGGCAAACCCUACGAAGCUCGCGUUUGGAUCGGCAACGGUGUCCCAGGCACCUCUGCCGCCGUCAACGCGUACAUGACGGCGCUGUGGGACCCGGCGAUGAGGACCGGCAUCGUCGGACCCGCUACCCCGGCACACGUCAAGGCGGGCGUCCCGGCCGGCGCGCUCCUGUUCUACGCUGCUUGGAAUGCGAUUGUGGUCCCAAAAGCUGCUCGUACGCCAAGCAAGGCCGAGGUGCACAAUAUGCACGACGUCAUUACAGCACUCAAAGCCCACCGCCUCAAGACACGAGCUGCGUACGAGAAGGCAAGAGACAGGGCCGGCACAGACAAGGGGGCUGCUGCAGAGCCCCAUCUGUUCUGGUCGGGAAAGCUCGAGGUGGUGACGCAGCAGAGCAUGGCUCACUAUCGGUCGUCACGAUACUGGAGAUGA